UUUACUUCAAAGCUGACAUUUGAACGGAUCGGUUGGUUUCAUUCCGUGUAAGCUGACAAACACGGUAAAAUUAAAAUUGUGUCUAUAUAUCAACACAUAUUUACGUGUUCUGGCUAACCAAAAUUUAGCAGAAACAUGUCGAACACCACAGUACGUGCCCCAAUACCCACAUUGCAAGGCAUGUUUUCAGUGCCGCGUGUCACACCAGGACGUAACUUCUUAAAGGAGAACAAAAAGAGCUUACGUUCAUUGGAAAAGACAACCACUGAGAAGCUUGCUGCUAAAAAGCCAGUACGUCCCAAAUGGAUGCCCCCGCUACGUCGCACUGCGUCCGAGGUGCGUGAGGCGCAGCGCUGCGAUUCAGAAAGAUUGUCUUCACGACAUGUCGAUGAUGAAGUCUGCUUGCUGCGUCCUCAAAAGAACACACGUUCGCAGCAUAGCCUGGACAAGCCGCAGCCAGAUGCACGUGAAUCACAGAAAGACAAAAAAGCUCGUCCAACACAAUCGAAGUCGCAGUCGCAACUGCAACCAGUUCAACAAACAUAUCCACCGCAACCACAACAACAAAUGCAAACAGUUCAGCAAUCAUCGAAGCGUUGUCAGUCAUGUAACAGCGAACACAGCAGUGGCACCAGCAUUGCCAUACAGACAGACGACAUCACGGAUGAGAUUUAUUUAACUAAUGCACUCAAAAAGUGCAAUCUUGACAGUAAGACCGUAUUAAGUGAGGGGCGUAAGUAUCGCGACGAUGCUAGACCCGAUUAUGAUUACGACCAGAACUACGAUCAGUACAAUGAUGAAGACGAACAGCCACUGUCAGCUCGAUCCAAUGAAUUCCCCAAACAGCCACUGUCAGCUCGAUCAAAUGAAUUUGCCAAACAGCGUGCCUUAGAUAUUGAUGACAACGAAACCAUGCCCUUGCCAGAAAUUGAGAACAUAGGCUUUGAGCAUAAUGAUGAAGAGGCACCAUUGAGUGGACGCAGUCGCGAAACAAUCGCCACCGAGGCUUCAAAUAUGACCAUCAAAUCAAAGCGUCGCAGCGAAUACAAGCUGGGCUCACGCGAUGAUUUGCGCUUGCCGCGCUAUUUGGAAAAGGAGAAGCGCGAGAAGGCCCAGGCCAAAGAACGUGCAGAUUCACGCGAUCCAGACUGUCCACGUGGUCACGUCUUGAUGAGUGAACCGGAACGUCUCGCCGCUUUGGCAGCUGCCCAAAAUCGCUUUGAGUUGCUCAUUAACGAGUUGAAUCACAUGCCCAUGACUACUCAAACUCUACGAGUGCGUUCACGUAAGGCUGAGAUCGAUAAGGAACUGACCUCCGUCGAGGACGAGAUACGCAUUUACUCCAAGGCAAAGGUCUAUGUGAGAGCAGCUAAAUCGCGAAAUCUCUAAGACAAAGUCGAAUUGCGUUAAGUGUUUAAAAUCAAUCAAAGAAAAGGAUCUCCCACUCCAAGAAAAAAAAGGUUUCUGACCUCAAGCAAUAUCACUUGGUCUCUGGAUAAACUUGACCAAAUUGGAUAAAACUGGACCAAACCUAGUCUUUAAUGUGUUACUAAUAGUAUUUAUAUUUUUUAAACGAGCUUCAGAUGACAACUGUAAAGAACAAAAAAUGGCAUAUGGACUAGCAUGUAGAGAAACAGAGAAGAGUGAAACGAACUAUGAAUAAAGAGUCAGAUGAGUGAA